UCAGGAAGAUUUGCAAAUUGUAAUUACGUUUUACAAUCACUUAUUUUACUUAUUCAUUAUAUAAAACCAAACAGUUUAGUUAUAAUUGUCGUUUAUGGCGUUUGUGGUGCAUUAGAACUUAUUUUUCCUUUUGUUUAUAAUUGAUAAUAAGUUAUAAGGACGAUAAAUAGAUAACCAGAUUUCAUUAUUUACGUCAAACAAAAUAUAAACAGAUCUGUGUCAUUUAAACAUUGAAAUGUCUGCAACAAGUGCUUUGGAAAAUAACGAAGACCUAGAAAAUGUUCCGUUGGUCAGGAUGGAGGACGUACAACCAGACAGAAGUUCAGAAAUGUAUAUAGUAAAUAAAAAUGAAUUGUUAGAAACUUGUGUUGUUGACGAUGCCCAUUACGAAGACGUCUGUGUUAAUGAUGAAGAAUUAGAAGAAGACUCGAACAUAGGGAGCAUGGUGUCUGUACAGUCUGAGGAAAUUGUCGGAAUUGACGACAACGAUAAUCCCGAACUCAUAGUGCCAGAAGUUCUAACGCCUGUGACGCGGGAAGUUCCGUUGACCAUAAUAGUAGAAAGGGCUGAAGUAAAACAGAAUCCAGACAGUUGGCCGACAUUAGAAAUACUGCCGGGAGGUGUUAUCAAACAUGCUGAGAAAUACGAAGGAGACUUAGCGAGUUUGUAUCAGAGCGGAGAUAUAGAGAACGAAGGCGAAGAUCUUAUGUAUGCAUGUGCAAAAUGUCCACAAAGAUUUAAAUUUUUAUUCUGUUUGGUCAAGCAUGUGAAAUGGCAUGAGGAUCAGAAGAAGAAGGAAAAGGCACCUGACAUACAUAAAAACAAAUCUUCUGAGAAAAAUUAUAUAUGUCUGCACACAAAUAAAAGAAAAGUCAUAUCAAAAUUAAAAACAAAGUGUAAGGUACCAAAGAGGUCAUAGCUAUAGUUACAAUAAUGAAAAAAAAACUUACAACUAUUUUAAUUUAGUUAAAUUUUGAUGAGCGUCCAAAUAAUAUUGAGAUGUAUAUUUAUAGGCCUUUAAUUAUAGUAAUUAAAUUUACAGAUUUACAAAAAGGCAUUAUUAUAAUUUUCAAAAGGUUUAUAAAAUCGGUUGUUUAGAAGUUAUAUGUUUGUUAUGACAAUAUUAAAGUUUUGAGAACCAGAUUUUACAACAAAUAUUUUAGUUAAAAAGUGAAAAUUUUAAAACAAUUAAUUGAUUUUUAUUUCUGUAGUUGUAGUUUAAGCAUUUAAUCACAGUAAUACAAUGAUUUGUCAUUUAAUAAGGAAAUAACUGCACAAGUAAUUAUUG